GUGUCCCUGCCUCUGAGAUGUUUUUCACUACUGUAAAUGUUUGUUGUGCGUGGUUUGUGUUUUAGUGGGAUCGAGACAAUGGAGAUUUUACUGAAGAUACUUUGUGUUGGACUUGCUGUCAUUCCAGUGUCCUGUUUCGUUAACCUUGCACAAAUGACGGAAUAUGGAGGUCAGGCCUCCCAAAGUUCAACAUAUCCCGAUCAGCCCUGGACUGCAGACAAAGCAGUGGACGGAUACCUUCAGCAUGAUAACAAUGAAUCUACCUGUAGUUUUACUCAGAUGUAUACAUCACCAACAGCAUGGUGGAAAUUUUCUUGGAGGAAAACAGCAAACGUUGCAUACUUGGAGAUUUAUUUUAGGAAUAGAUCUGCUGGUAUACAUGUUAUUCCAACGUCAUAUUCUCCCAAUAAAGUAUUUACUCAGGGAUCAUCACCUUGUCCUACCCGCGUUCUGAAUGUCACAGUCAAUAAAGCUACCAGAGGGAUAGCGCUGUUCAACACGAAGAAACCGCCUGUAGUAACAAACUGUGAAGGAUAUCGAUAUCGUCACCCUUAUGCUACCAUUGAAACAUGUGAAGUCAAAAUAAUGGGUUGCCCGUAUGCACAUUUCGGGGAAAACUGCACACCAUGUGGACUGUGUCAGGACGGAUUGUGUGACGUAUUUAACGGAUCCUGUAUCCAGGGAUGCAGUACCCACGUGAUGAAUCCUCCACUCUGUAUCCAUUGUAAAAAUGGUUUUUAUGGGAGAAACUGUAGAGAGACCUGUGGGAAAUGUCGUACCAGAACACGUUGUGAUGACGUCACGGGCACCUGUCCAGCAGGAUGUCAGGAUCACUGGUCCGGGCCUAAGUGUGACGUGUGUCAGGACGGCUUUCACGGGUCUGACUGUACAUUAUCGUGUGGACAUUGCAGACACGGAACACACUGUAACAAGACAACCGGUAUUUGUACAGAGGGUUGUCAGAGGAAGUGGAAUGGAACCAAAUGUGACGGUUGUGAAACUGGACAAUAUGGUGAGGACUGUACACAAAAAUGUGGGAAAUGCCAGGCUGGAACACAAUGUGAUAUCAUUACUGGCAUCUGUCCAGAGGGGUGUCAAGAUAGCUGGACUGGAUCAAAGUGUAACGUUUCAUCGAUCAACGAAAUCGAAUCAGAUGGCGAACUCUCUAACACUGUGGUAGCGGUUAUUUCCGUUGGGUCCACGCUUUUUACAGUGAUGAUCCUAACAAUCCUGUGCAAAGUUUCAUCUACAUACAUCAGAAGAAAUCUAUGUUUCAAACAAUCUAAUGCUAACCAAACAGUGGACAAACCGAAGCAGACCAGCGAAAACAUGGAUGAAUACGAAUUUACCGCAGCGACAGGAGAUGACCAUGAGUACAGUCAGAUUGAUUCCCCGCUAAAUGAACGUUCGAAUCCAGAAAUGAAUACGUAUUCAAACACAGAUCUAGUAAUUUAGAAAUGACGGACAUAGUACCACCAUAUUUUAGUCGCAACUGUUCCAUGCAUCAUAAAACGAAUGUUAACACACAACUGAAGUUACUUGAUGGAACACAAUAUGAUUAAUUGUAUUUAUGUUACAAGAGCCAAAACAGAAUAUUUUAGAAGAUUUUUUAUCAUUUCAGCAGCAAUUUUAUGGAACUCAUUACCAGAUUGUAUCUAAAAAAAAAAUGCACAACUACCACAUCUUUUAAAUCAGCCUAUCCAAAACAUUAUUUUGAUCCUCAAUGAUACUCGUGUGUUUAUUGUCUCUUUUCAUUUAGUUCUUAUCUCUAUGUAUAUAAAUAGUGAUAUUUCCAUGCUUUGUGAUAUAUGUUCUCGGCAUGUAUAUAUCUUAUAGACAGGACCACAAUGUAAACUAGUUUAUAUAACUAAUUGUUCAAUCCUGUAUAAAUAAAGGAUAUUAUUAUUAUUAUUAUGACAACGUUUCAUCUGUGUGUUAGUAUUGCUUCCAAUUAUUUCAAAACCUGUCAAUGUUCGUGUUUUAUCAUAUCGUUUUCAAUCGUUAGAUUUUCGUAAACUUGAAAUAAAAUGUAUGAUAUC